AUGGCCGUCGAACCUGUGAUCCAGGGCCUCAAUGCCUUGGACAAGACAACGCAAAUGUUGCGAGAUCGUAUCUUGAUGCUUCUUGAACGCCAGCAGGAGCAGGCGUGCCAGCAAAACAAUCGCGUCUUGGUCGCGCUUGCUGGUGUCCCCGGCUCUGGCAAGUCGACCGUUGGGAAUGCCUUGCUGCGAGUGCUUCCCCUUUAUAACGUCAAGGAAGUCUGUGUACUCCCGAUGGAUGGUUUCCACCACACAAAAGAGGCUUUGAUGGCAUUUGACGAUCCGGCUCUGGCGUUCCAAAAGCGAGGUGCCCCUUUCACUUUUGAUGCCGAGGCUUUCUUCAAGCUCGUCCAGUGCAUUAAAGAGACGCCAGUCACACGACCCGACGAAAAGGCCGUGACAUUCUUGGCGCCAGACUUCGACCAUGCCGUGGGCGACCCUGUGCCAGACGCAAUUCAAAUCUCAUCAGCGGCCCGCAUAGUCAUCGUUGAAGGCAACUAUACCCUGUUGGACGAAGAACCUUGGAACAAGAUCGCAGCGCUGGUUGAUGACAGAUGGUUCGUCGAUGUUACUCCCGACGUGGCUCGCGAGCGCCUAGCGAAGAGGCACAUGCAGGCGGGUAUUGAGAAGACUUACGAAGCGGCCGUAGCACGAGCAGAAGACAAUGAUCUUCCCAACGGUGCCCUGAUUCGAUCAAAGCUGAUAAGGCCUGAUGUCAGGAUAUUGAAUUGA